AUGGCUGCAACAAACCAACCCGACAACUUCGCCGCCAAACUUGGCAGGAUACACGAAAUUCUGGGCUUCCGAAAGAGGUAUAACUUCAUCCUCUUCGUCAACUUUGCGGGCGCCCUCAUGGGGUUCACCCUAGCCCGCUUGAUGUAUCUCAACUUUGACAAGGUCUUCUGCGGACCGGGCUUCAGCACAACUGAGCGCGCAUUACCCGGCGAGUGUUAUUACUACCGCAACUUCACCGUAGACCGGAUCGGGAUCAUCAUGCAUCUCGCAUGUAUCUUGCCUGCAUCGUUCCUCGUCUGUUGGCAGUUCGUCCCCGCCAUCCGGCGCAGAUGGAUCAUCUUUCACCGAAUCAACGGCUAUGUUAUCCUGACAUUGUCUGUCCCGGGCACCAUUGGUGCACUUAUGCUUGUAAGACAUGCUGUUGGCGGUGGUUUAGAAGUUCAAGCCUCCGUUGGAUUCCUCUGUCUCGGUUUCUUGGGUUCACUUUUCAUCUCGAUCAUUCAAAUCAAGAGAUUGCAGAUUGAACAGCAUCGCGCUUGGAUGCUUAGAGCUUGGUUUUAUGCCGGUGCUAUCAUCACAAUGAGACCGAUUCUCCUUCUUGCGGCGCUCAUCAUCAGCAAGCAAGGAGGAUAUUACGUCUCUCUUCCUUGUGCAGUGAUCGAACACAUGCUGGGAGCCGCGAAUGUGAAUAACACCGCGGUCGCAACGUCUUUCCUCUUUGAGGGGUGUACCCCCUACACGUCGGGGGAAAAUCCGAACCAGCAGGUGCCGAUCGAGGCGAACUUCUUUGACAGGUCAACUCCUGCACCAGCCACGGCAUCUCUACACGCCAGUUUCGGUAUGGCUGGAUGGUUGGCGGGCGCAAUACAUGCAAUUGGAGUGGAAGUCUACCUGCGUCUCACUCCAAAGGAAGCAGAGAGACUUCGGCAUGUGUCCUACCAACGACAGCUGGAAGCCGGCAUGCGCAACCCUGGCAGUGCAGGUCUGACGCUAGACAGACUGGGAGUUGAAGAUAAAUGGGAACCAAAGGAUUCCGGACGACGCGACGGAGACGGCGGGAAUUCUCAGGACUCGGGCAACUCGUGUCUUGAGACUGGAAGUACGGAGAAGCAACCUCAGGGCUAUGCUGAACGAUCUAUAAUGUAG